GAAUAUAAAUACAUAUGAUGUAAAAAAAAAUGUGAUACCUAAGGCAACGCCCGAACCACUGCACACACUAACUAUACAAAUACUUGAACAUAUAUUAAAUUAAAAAACUACACAAACUAGCAAUUAGGGGCAUCAUCCGAGAUACACACUAGUUAAAUAAAAUUAAAAAAUACUUUGUCUAAUUCCACGAAAAACAAAAGUUAAAAGAAGAAUGUACGACUUUUGGGCAUAUAUUAAUAACUUCAAAAGAGUGAGUCAAAUAAAUUCACAAACACAGUAGUAAAGUGAAGUAGUAAAAGUGUAAAACACUCAACACGGAAACACCAUCUGGAACAAUCAUCCAAUACCCAAAUAUUGCAUCAAAACAACCCAUCACAAUAACAAUAACCAACAUUAAAUGGAUGGUGACAAUUUACGUCAUUUUGACAUUUCUCUCAUUCUAAUCAAUCCUUCCAUUACAAAUCUUUACAAUUUUCUCAUAAAUUACAACUAUUCAUCACAAACACAGUAGUAAAGUGAAGUAGUAAAAGUGUAAAACACUCAACACGGAAACACCAUCUGGAACAAUCAUCCAAUACCCAAAUAUUGCAUCAAAACAACCCAUCACAAUAACAAUAACCAACAUUAAAUGGAUGGUGACAAUUUACGUCAUUUUGACAUUUCUCUCAUUCUAAUCAAUCCUUCCAUUACAAAUCUUUACAAUUUUCUCAUAAAUUACAACUAUUCAUCACAAACACAGUAGUAAAGUGAAGUAGUAAAAGUGUAAAACACUCAACACGGAAACACCAUCUGGAACAAUCAUCCAAUACCCAAAUAUUGCAUCAAAACAACCCAUCACAAUAACAAUAACCAACAUUAAAUGGAUGGUGACAAUUUACGUCAUUUUGACAUUUCUCUCAUUCUAAUCAAUCCUUCCAUUACAAAUCUUUACAAUUUUCUCAUAAAUUACAACUAUUCAUCACAAACACAGUAGUAAAGUGAAGUAGUAAAAGUGUAAAACACUCAACACGGAAACACCAUCUGGAACAAUCAUCCAAUACCCAAAUAUUGCAUCAAAACAACCCAUCACAAUAACAAUAACCAACAUUAAAUGGAUGGUGACAAUUUACGUCAUUUUGACAUUUCUCUCAUUCUAAUCAAUCCUUCCAUUACAAAUCUUUACAAUUUUCUCAUAAAUUACAACUAUUCAUCACAAACACAGUAGUAAAGUGAAGUAGUAAAAGUGUAAAACACUCAACACGGAAACACCAUCUGGAACAAUCAUCCAAUACCCAAAUAUUGCAUCAAAACAACCCAUCACAAUAACAAUAACCAACAUUAAAUGGAUGGUGACAAUUUACGUCAUUUUGACAUUUCUCUCAUUCUAAUCAAUCCUUCCAUUACAAAUCUUUACAAUUUUCUCAUAAAUUACAACUAUUCAUCAUUCCACUUUCUCUCUCUUCCCCUUUCCUAAAACUAAAAUAAACUAAACCAAAACCUCCAUUCCUUCAUUUCAUUUCCAUUAACACGCUCUUAGCCCUUUCCAGCUCAACCAACAUUGUUAAAAAUGGUAGACCAACAAGAUGAUAAUAUUAAUAAUCAUCAUAAUACUACUCUCAAACGUCGAAACAGCCUCCCUUCUGCCGUCAUCGUUCCGCCUCGUAAACCCAAACCAUUAAACGGCAACCGCCACAGCAACAACAGAUCGCCGCCGUUGCCGCCGUCGUUCUCCGCCGCGGAUUUCGAGCUUUUUCCGUUGAAGUCACCGCCGUUACCAUCAUCAGAUAACUACACUUCUUUAAGAGAUAUUCUACCGUGCAGUCCUUCAUCCAUUCUCUCUCCUACUCCGGCGAUCGCAAUCGCCGGAAUUUCAUCUUCUUCGUGUGGUUCGGGGUAUGAGAUUUCGAUUCGUAACCGUUUGGUUAAACAGGCUGCUUGGGCCUACCUUCAGCCUACUGUUUCGACUUCUCCUUCUUCUUCAUCUCGCCGGCUCUGUUUUUCCGGCGAAUUUUUCCGGCGAACGGUGUCGGAGACUGUAACACGUGUCUAUGAUUGGUUGGUAGACGCUUUCUGGCUCAUCCUGUGCAGAUAACGACGGAUUGUAUUCUUUUCAUUUCUCUUCUUUUUUUUUCCCAAAAAAAAAAAAAUAUUUGCAAAUUUGUGUGGUGGCAAAUAUGUAAUUACAAACGUGAGGAAAAUGAAAUAAUUAAAGUAAAAAAAAGUGUGUUUUUUUU